AUGAAGCCCUUUGUCACCGGACUUCCGCCGUACAAGGCAGGUGCGCCCUGGACUUGCUCCGUCCCCAACAAAACGCACAGCCCUCUCUUGAGAUCUCUGCUGUUGGCCGCAAAGUGUGGUGUAAGUCGUGGAAUCGGAGUCCGCCGUCGCUGGUGUGGUUCGUGCCCGAAGUCUCCUGUCCGAGAUACCCUGGUCGGUCUGAUCGGCUUGAUUGUUCCUUCCCAUGUCGGUUCGUCCUCCAAGUCUGUUCCCCAGCCCUCGUGCCUCCUUUUAGAAACCAUUGUGUAA